AUGAAACGCAAAGUUAAUGCGGGGAAUGCAGUGGCUUUCGAAGGUAUCGAUGAGUUGGACUUCAAUAAAUCGACGAUGCAGGGCAACUAUCCGCACGUGCGCGUUUCUGACCAAGCCUUUUUCAACCAAGAGGUUUCGUUGAAUGGCGCAAAUGCAGUUCUAUUUGAGAUCCAGGCGAUGAGGAGGUACUACUCCGGGAUGGGUCAACAUUGCAAGGUAGUCAGGAUUGCGUCGCUCUCUCAAACGUUUUCACGCAGUGCCUUGUCCCUCGUGGCAGCUCUCUUAGGGUCAGCAGCCCUAGCAUUACAUGACCAGUUUCCGAUCAACACUGCUGGAGAAACUGGCGCUCGACCCUUGGAUGUCAUCAACUCGAACCCUGACCAUCUAAACAGUGUCAGCUCCAACGAGCAAUGGAGUUUUGACGAAUGUACCCCCGAGAAUGCGACAGGGAACUUGAUCUUCAACACCGUCCAUUCAUUACUGCAGCACUGGCCAAACACACGAUAUCGUAAUGGACACAACAUAGUACUAGGAGUGAUUCCAAUCGGUACUUUGCUCUAUCACGGCACUAAUGGCUCGCAAAUGAUACCCAGUAGACCCGAGUGGGCCGCUAUGGACCCAGAGCAUUCUAUUUAUUUUUCUCGUGGAAAUAGGAGUGGCUGGCACCUCACAUUGGCAACAACACGACCUCUGAAAGUAUUGUACUUUGAUGGAAGCAGUGCUGCUAAGCUAUCCGACGGUACGAUGGAUACGCAGGAUAUAAUAGCCUGGGGCGAACCGCGACCCGAGCGAUUCUUGGAUGAAAGGGACCGGAUUGAAGAUAUUUCCGGCGUUGAGGUAGUAUCUUUCCUACAUCUCACCUUGCCAUGGGACGACAGGUCAUUCCCUCCCCCUACUUCACUCGAUCACUACACUUGGAUUCAUACGUUCGAAGUUAUGCAUUCCGGCUUAUGGCACAAUCGCUACCCAGGAGAUUCUCGCAUUGUGCUGGAUCUGACUGGUCUUAUCUCGUUGUAUGAUACUGUACUGGUACCAUCCCUCAUCUCGGUUCGCGCGGGCCUUGAACGGCUUGACCACCGGGUUCUUGGAAUAUCAUCACAAGACUUGUCGCAGGUGAUGAGGAGGGUAACUGAGAUCGCCAGUCGACCAGAUCCGGUAGGCAGCGGUACCGACUGGAAGACCCUGAUCCACGUCAUCGUCGAUCGAUACGAGGAUCGACUCGAGUUGACGCAGUAUCUCCUCAACGUUACCUCAUCAGACCCACAAGAACUCUUUGAGCGAGCAAAGCUCGCGCAAACUCAGCUCCGUGUUAUGCUCACGCCGUAUCUGUUACACUCCACCGCCGUCCCCAGCGCAGGCACUUUAGGCAUAUAG